AUGGAGUCUGGAACAAAUGAGACGAGCGAGGCACAUGCCGCGAAGAAUCAACAGGAUCGCGACCAUCUCGACGGCUUGGAACGCGAGCGGCACGGACUGCCUUAUUCAAAAGAGCAGCAUGAGCGCGAAAUGCGUCGUUUCGAGGAGAUGCAUGAGCUCGAGCAAUUCGCUAUGAGGCAGUACACCAACUACACCUUGACUACCCUUGUAUUCGCUCGGGACUUGGACCUUCACGAGUGUCGGGAAUGGAAUCAAGUUAUGGAAGCUGUUCAUGAUCUGGAGAACUGUGCAGCUGUCAUUUGGGGAACGGACGUCAAAUCCUCCAGGCGUGUUUUUGUUUUGUUCGGGUGGGCCAAAGGCACUUCACUGCAGCAAAUUGAGGAUGUUACGCUUUGGGGCGCUCUGGAGCAUCUACUACAAUCACAACCACACGCACGACACAUGGCCCUCAACACCCCUGACAUGAUUUGGAACAUCGGUCCUAGACUCAAGGAAUUGAUCAUUAUCUGCGGUAGCGAUCAAAUUUUGAGUCCGCCCGACCCACUUCUGUUGUUCGAUCUUGAGAGUCUCGCUUUGAGAACGAUCCCACUAAUUGGUCAUGAUCCGCCUGUCGAAUUUACUGGUUACACCCAAGGCGWCACGGUCACUAGCUCUGGACACUGCACUGUUGCCAUGAUAUUCGGCUGGGUUGAUGACGAGCGGCGUCGUCGAUUCAUCAAUCCAGACGAAGUUUCCUACGGGACUGGCGGUGGUGACGAAUACGAGCUCCACGUUGGUUCGAAGAUGAGGGAACUGGAAGCAGCCGGGGCUACAGUAGAAUCUUAUCUGUGUCACCUAAAAACAUGGUAUCCACCCGCUCGAUCAAAAACAAGAAAGCGGCGCUGCUUGGUAAUGUAA